UUAGUCAUCCAUCUGAGAAAAACAUUCACAGUAUACUUGGUGCAUCCUCUGUUUUUUAUUUUCAACAAAAAAAUGAACAAACUUAUAUUAAUUUCCUAAGUUCAGGUGAAAUUAUUGAUAUUUGGACAUGUGUUACAUCAAAGUUCAAAAAACUUACAAUUCUAAAAGAAAUAAUUGAAUUUGGUUUUCAACGAGAUAGUCUAGAAGAAAUCGAAAGGUCUCUUGAUCGACAUGUUGCAAAUAAGUCUGGAAAUCUUUUAAUGAGGACUUUUUUUAAAUUGCUAGGGGAAUACAUCUCAUGGGAAUCAGUUUUUAAUAUUGAUGAGUUAACAGAAGGAACAUUCAUGAUGGAUUGCAUUGCAUCACUAUUUAAUAAAACAGUUCAUUAUUUUAAUUAUACUACAUCGCAUUUGUGGAUAGAUGUAGAGUCAAAGGCCUCAAAAUUAAGACAAGGAUGCAGCCAAUAUCCAGACUAUAAAUUAAACGAUAAAAAUGGAGUGUGCACAGGUAUAUUUGGUGAGGUAACAAGUCCCAAGCAUCAAAAUGAUGAACUAAAAAUAUAUUGGGAUGUCUAUCGAGGGGCUAUACAUGGAAAAGAUGCAAUAGACCAAGAUAUAAAGAAGAACGAAAUAUGCCCAGAUGAAGCCAAACGAAUUGUUAUUUUUAUCGUCGGAUUUAAAAUUAAAGAUAAUGUGGUGGAUAUAUUAAGUGAUCAAUCUUAUAACACACCUCUUCAAACCAAUUAUUCGGAGUGGUUAUGUCCAACUGCUACUACCCCUGUUUAA